AAAGUUCAGUUGGCUACGGGACUUUAACGGAUAACGUUCAAUUGGAUUUUUUAAAUUUUUAAUUAAGUUUAAAGGAAAUCAUAUCGAUCAAAAAGUUAAUCGUUAUCUCCAUUUCCCGUCUGUAUCUAUUCUAAAGUAUUAAUGCUUUUUCUAUUUUAUCUGAUGGCGAGUUUGAAUUUUUGGCAACAGAAAUAAUAAAAUCGGAACUAAAUUAGUUUUUAAAAGUUUACUUUUCACUUUUGAUAAAGUGACCUAAUUCUAUACAACAUGCUUAAAGUUAUUUGUUAAAAGAAUAGAAAAGUUUGUUAUCUGUUGGUUUUAUCAGUGAUCGGUUGUCCAAUUGGUGGAAUUAUUUGCCAAUGCUAAUUUAUUGUUCAAAUUUAUAGCAAUAACAUUGUGUUUUGUUGUUGUUGUUUUUGUUAUUUUGAUAGAGACGUUGUGAUAAUUAUUAUGGUUUAUCGUGUCACAGUGCUCUCUCAGGUGCUAAACUGAUAAGCAAUCGAUUGCUAUUGAGUAUCUUUCUAUAAGUGAUAGUGAAUGCAAAGCUUCUGAGAAAGCCAUUAAGUCAAAAUAAAGUGCUUCCCAUAAAUAAUAAUAGAUAAAUUAUAGGCACCUUCAUUAUAAAGUUAUAAAUUCUUCAAAUAAUAUAAAAAGUGAAUUUUUCUUGUUUUAAAAAUUGUGUGUUCAAAACAAAAGUGAAGAAGAAUAUCAACAGUAUAUUUAUAGUGGGGAUUCAAUAAAAUUAUUAUCAAUGCUGAUGGCGCUGACGCUGGUUUUUUAGUUAAGAUAAAAACAAAAUAAUAGUCAACAUGAUAAAUCCAAAUUGAUUGAGUCGCGGCACAAUAUAAAUAAUAAAUCAUUGGAAAUAUGAACACAAUUUUGCAACGAAAUUCCGAACAAUUACGCAGAAAACCUACACACGAGCCAACAGCAAAUCUCUACUACGAAAGAAAAUGGGAGUGGGGAUUCUUGCGGAAACAAUGCCGGAAUCUAGAAAUGGAACAGUUCUAUUCGACUUAUAUGCAACGUUUACGAAUAAGCUAUCUCUCUCUGUUCAUACUUCUACAAGCUCUUGUUGGAAUUACUCACGUUGUGAUGUUGAUGGCAGCAGUUUCGGACCUGAGUGCAGUUUUUGUGGAAAUAUUUUCAUAUCUCGCAUCAAUUCUUCUUGUCUGGAUGGUACUCUUUAUAACCUUUCGGGAAGAUCUAAUCAAAAGGGAACCUUGGAUUGCCUAUGUUGCAUCAUGUACCGCUGUCUUCAUUUUAGUUGUAUCAGAUCUCCUGAUUCCAACCUACCAUGCUGUAGUUGAUUUUCCAAUACCACCACUGCGUCCAUCUUAUGGCAGUUACAUCUUGUACGCGAUUUAUAUGUUCAUUCCUCUAAGUGACAACUGGCAUGCAUGUAUCCUAGGUAUAGCCGCCACCCUUUGCUACAUGGUCAAUUUCGCAAUGGUUACUUAUAGACUAGAUGACCACAUUUUGAUAAAAACUGUUUCGGAAGCAAUUUUUUUGGGCUGUGUAAAUGUAUUGGGAAUAUAUUUUCGAUUUAUGAAAGAAAUUGCCAUCAGGACAACGUUUCUUGAUCGUAGAGAGUGUAUCGAAGAGAAUUUAUUAUUGCGAUAUGCAAGGGAUCAAGAGAAAAGCCUAUUUCUUAGUAUUAUUCCUGCCCAAACAGCUGACAAAAUUGAACGUGAAGUACGAGACCGUAUCGAUCAUAUGAAAGCCGAAAAUAGACAUAGGAGAUCAUCUUUAGACAGAGGAAAUUCACAUCAACAGUCUAUAAAGCGCUGGAGACGUCCUGACACUGGUAAAUUGUUCAUUGAAUCCCAUUCUGAAGUAUCCGUUCUAUAUGCGGAUAUAGUAAACUACACACAUUUGACAACUACACUCGAUGUCAAAACUCUAGUCGAAACAAUUCAUGAUCUUUUCGUGAAAUUCGAUCAGGCUUCAGAGGAAUACAAUGUGCUUCGGAUUAAGUUCUUAGGUGAUUGUUACUAUUGUGUCUCCGGUGUACCAGUUAAAAACGACCAUCAUGCCAAAAGUUGUGUUGACCUUGGACUUCGCAUGAUUAAGGAUAUUCGUGAAGUAAGAACAAAGCGUAAGUUGGAUAUUGAUAUGCGAAUUGGUGUACAUUCGGGUAGUAUACUUUCGGGUGUAAUCGGCGUAUGUAAAUGGCAAUAUGACAUUUGGUCUAAAGAUGUUGACAUUGCAAACCGGUUGGAAUCAACCGGGGCAGCUGGACGAGUUCAUGUAAGUCAACAAACUCUGGAACUUCUUGAUGGCGAGUACAUGUAUGAGGAGGGUACUCAAAUGGCGAAGGAGGAUGAGGUUUUGAACAAAUAUCAAAUUCGAACGUAUCUCAUCAAGCCUCAAAGAUUUUACCAGACCGGAGAAUAUAGAAGACAGUCUUUAGGAGCCCGUAGAAUGAUCGAAUCAAACAGGGGUCCCAAAGUAGACACAUCGAUAAAUUUUAUGCAAAACACAAUUGAACAAUACAAUCAAAUUCGUAUCCAAGCUAAGCUAGAAAUGAGUAGAGAAUUAGAUAAAAUGCCAAUUGGAAAAUUUCAUGCUUCAAAAAUAUGUUUUGGACCGCCAAAGAGACUAACACAAGAUGAAAUGGAAGAACAAACUUUUAGGAGUAAUGUUACGACGUUUUGUUUAUUUUUUAAAGAUUAUCGAUGGGAAUUUAUGUAUAUGAUUGAACCGGAUGUUAUGUUGAAGUAUAGUAUACUUAUUGGAUUUAUAACAUAUUUUGGAAUUCUUUCGGUUCAAGCUAUAAAUAAGCCGCAAAGUCAUAUGUUUUGGGUUGUAAAUGCAUUAGCUGGAGUUCUAUUGACAUUAUUUCUCCUUAUAACCUGGUAUAAGAAACUAUGGAUUAUGUUUAAUCCAUCGGACGAAGACGAUUCUGAUCAUCAAAAUCGUGGUAAACCUCACAACAAGAUCUCCCUAUAUUUUUACAACUUAUCGGAUAUAUGGAUGCGAAGUAUAUUUGCAAGAUGUUUUAUUUAUUUGACAAUGGUAACAACACUUUGUGCGAGUUCUAUGCUUCAGUUGAUGGACUGUCGGCAAUUCGAAGAAAUAUCACAAAACGCCAAUAGCACUUUAUUGUCAAGAGGACGACACAAUUUAUGUUUCAAUCCAUGGGCUAUAACUGAGAGUUUAGUUUUAACAAUCUGCAUGAACUUCCUAUUCACAAGAAUUCCAUUUGUAAUGAAAUUUACUGUUGGUGUAGUUAUUGUCCUGGUUUAUUCGUAUUUUGUAUCUGUUAAAUAUGCAUAUAUUUAUCAUACAAGUCCAUCAACUAAUUUAGGUUUAAAUCCAGAAUAUUCACAUUUAUUAGUAAUUUUUAUUUCAUUUGGAAUUUUCCAUCUUAUGGACCGACAAACAGAGUAUAUUUCCAAGGUUGACUAUAAUUGGAAACGUCAAUUGCAGAAGAAGCAAGAAGAUGCUUAUGUUACAAAUGAAACAAUUAAAAUUUUGGUUCAUAAUAUUUUACCGGCUCAUGUGGCUGAUAUUUACAUGUCGAGAAAGAUGAAGAACGAGCAUUACUUUGAGGAAUAUGACAAUGUUGCUGUAAUGUUUGCCACAAUUCGAAAUUAUGACACGGAAAAAGUUGGUUUAAGAGUCUUAAAUGAAAUAAUUUGUGACUUUGACGAAAAACUCCUUCAAUACCAAGGACAAUUGAAAAUAGAAAAAAUCAAAGUAGCUGGAUGGUGUUAUAUGGCCGCCUGUGGUUUGGAUACAAAUCGAUGUGAAUCAACAACAGUCCGAGCAAGUCAUAGAUCCUCUGGACUUAUGCCAAAUGGACGUCGAAGUUAUAAUACGACACUUCGUUGUUCCACAAAUAUGGAUCCAAGUGGUUGCAAUGUUUCAAAUGACCCUACAACAUCAGCUGCACAAAUCAAAGCCAGACAAAGAAAAAUAAGUAGUCGACAGUCAAAUAACGUGGUUUUUGUUAUGGCUCAAUUCGCUUUGGAUCUCAUGAAAACUCUUCAUAGCUUCAAUGUGGAAAAUCUACAAUGUGAAAGUAAUCAAUCUGAUGCUGGAAUGUUACGCAUAGGUAUUUCGAAUGGUGAAAUAAUGGCUGGAGUUGUGGGUUCCUGUAAGCCUCAUUAUGACAUUUGGGGCAAUGCAGUCAAUAUGGCAUCCAGGAUGGACUCAACUGGUGUUCCAGGAUGUAUUCAGGUAACCGAAGAUACAGCAGAAAUAUUGAUGUCAUUUGAUAUACAGUGUAAAUUCAGAGGAAUGACAUUUGUAAAAGGACGUGGAAAUAUACCAACCUAUUUUGUUGGAAUUGAUGAAAAUUUAAAUUUUAUAAAACAAAAUCGGCCGCUCGUAAAUAAUUUAGAAAUUGAUUGUUAACAAAAUUAAAGAUAAAGUGAUAUGAAUAUAAAUUUACCAUCAAAGAAGCAAAACAAAUGUCAACUU